AUGCUCCAAGGUCUCAAGAACAAACUCAAUUUCAGUGUAAAGAAUAAUGAAGAAUUAGAUUCCAACUUACCUUAUGGUAUGCCACCAGAGGAGGGGUCAAAGCCUUAUCCUCGUCCUGUACAAGUCGUGGCCAAUGCCAUCUUUUUCGUUUGGAACAACAUUUUGUUGCAACCCUUUUUGCGCACCUGGGGUUUCUUGGCUGCUAGAACAAGCUUGACGUUUUGGAUCAUUGUAGGCAUGGCAGUAGGCAUCUUGAUUGGCAAUUUUGCUCCUGAAGCAGGUGUUCAAUUAAAGCCUCUUGGUGAUGCCUUUAUUCGUAUGAUCACCAUCAUCGAAACACCCCUUAUUUUCAGUACUCUUGUCGUCGGUAUUGCUGGUCACGGCGACGAUGUGGGUAAAGUAGGCAGAUUGGCUGUUAAAACUAUCAUUUACUUUGAAGUUGUUACUACAUUUGCCUUGGCUGUUGGCUUAAUCAUGGCCAACUUGAUCAAGCCCGGUCAAGGUGUCGUCUUGUUUGGUGAUACUAGUCAAGUAGAAGGCAUGGCUCAACAAGAAUCAUCCAUCACUUGGUACGGUGAAAUGGAAAUGAUCAUUCCCAAGAACUUCUUUGUUGCUGCUACAAACAAUCAAAUCUUGGGUGUCGUUUUCUGUGCUGCCAUGUUCUCUUGUGCCAUGAUGAAAGCCGAUAAAAAGUCCAAGGAAUUCAUGCUUAGAAUCAAUGAUUCCAUGUCCAUGAUCAUGUUCAAGUUUGUUGCCCUCAUUAUGAACUAUGCUCCUAUUGGUAUUGGUGCUGCCUUGGCUGCUGCUGUAGGAAAGAAUGGCGUUGACAUCCUUGCCAACCUUGGUAAACUCAUUGGCUCCUUAUACGCUUCUUUGGCCAUCUUUGUCCUUGUCAUUUUGAUUCCCAUCAUGUUCAUGGCGCGUGUCCCCAUCUUCGGUUUCUUCAAGGCUGUUGCGCAACCUUGGUUGAUUGCAUUCAGUUCUGCCUCCAGUGAAUCUGCUUUGCCCAAGGCUAUGGAGAACAUGAGAGCAUUUGGCUGUCCCAAUUCUUUGACAGCCUUUGUGAUCCCCUGUGGUUAUUCUUUCAACUUGGAUGGUACUACUCUUUACUUGGCUUUGGCUAGUAUCUUUGCUGCUCAAGCAGGCAACAUUAACUUGCCUCUGGCUACUCAACUCUCCAUCAUGGGCACAUUGAUGCUUUCUUCCAAGGGUGUUGCUGCUAUUCCUCGUGCCUCUUUGCUCAUCUUGGCUGGCACUGUCACUCAAUACAAUCUCCCUUACGAAGCAAUCCCAAUGAUCAUGGGUGUUGAUGCCAUUAUGGACAUGGGCCGCACUUCCAUCAACGUCUUUGGUAACUGUCUUGGCUGCUGUGUCAUGUCGCGUAUUGAAGGCUCUUUCCGUGGUAUGGAAUGGAGAGAAGAAGAAAUUGAUAGACGCCGUCUUCGUUUGAUGGAGGCAGAGCGUCACCAGCGCCAAAACGAUGGUCUUUCUGAAGAAGUCUCUUUUGAUGGUCAUGGCAACACGGAGAAGUUUGAGCAUCAAGAAUUGGACGAUGUGGUUGUCGUUCAUGAUGGUCGUGCUGAUUCUGUAAAUAGUAUUGAAAUUACUCCUGCUCCUCCCGCUAAUAAGCAUCGUUAA